GUGGUUACUCUCCCUGCCUCAUUUCAUCAGCUGUGACAGAUCCGCAGUCUACUCGUACCUGCGACACACGCCUGCAUCUCAUCUGGCCUCUGUAAACUCAAUCACCUUGUCCGUUAACCUUCCUCCACCUCCAGCUUCUCCUCGUUUAUUGUAUGCCAGCCAUCCGUACAAGACAUGUUACCAUCUGACCAUCGCCUUUUAUCCGUCGUCAACGCACACUAUCUCUAACAGUCUCGAUAUCUACCUCUCCCAAUUCGAUGUAGUCUCUCGUUCAAUUCCGACAUCCACUGAUUGGAGGGACCGCACCACCAUGACAGAGUAAAGUUCCCAAAUCUUUACCUGUGAACUCCUUAUACACGCCCAUCAUGAUGAUGGUCCCUCGAUCCUAUGGCCAUGGGCCUCGGGCAGAAAGAAGACAAUCGGACGCCAGUUUGGUGGAGAAAGAGCCCUUGCCUUCUCGACGGUCGAUAGAUCUAUCCUCCCGUCAGUCCACUGUGUCAGCAUUAUCUCAGAGCUUCGCUGGAAACACCUCUCCCUCGAACAAUCAGCAUUCAUCCCACCCCGUCAAGAUCCCGCCUCGCUCUCCAACUCGGAACAACAAUCAACCCCAGAGACCGGCUCCUUCUGCCCUUCAGAUUCCACCACCACCCCCACAUGUCACAAAAUCCACCAGAAGAGAGUCUGUCAAAGAUAUAUUGUCGUCUACAACGAUUCCAGUGAGGCGAAAGCCGAGACCAAGGGCUGCGCAGCGUUUACCUAAGGGCGAUUAUGUCGCUGAUUUCAGCAAGCUCUUGAGCGAGGACUUUCUUUCUCCUAGCGAUGGCACUCUUUCAGCAAGCUGGUCGAAUCCCCAGUUUGAAGGCUUAUUUGGGAACAUUGACUGUUUCAUGGACAAUCAGAUGAUCGUGGGAAGCCAGGGUCUUGACACUGGUAUAAUGACAACCAGAUCACUAUCAAGCGAAUCGAUGCCCUCCUUGGCUUCUCCUGACGACUUUAGCACAUCCGGCCUUCCUUCUCCUGCUACCUUGAAGUCACCCUCGGAUCACAGGUUGCGGCAAAUGGCUAGUUCCGAGGAUUGCAGCACUGAACAUCCCCUUCUCCACGACUCUGCAGACGACGACGACGAAGUCGUCACUGGGACCACGACUCCGGAGCUGGCACUAUCGCCUCUGAAGCAUUCCAACCGCAAACCUUUUAUGCCAGAAAAACGGCCCAUUUCGUUCAAAUCCAGUUUGACCGCGUCACUCAAAGCCCUGAGAUCUGCAGCUCAAACCGUGUCAAAUAUUGCAACCACGCCUCCUCUGAUCCAACCAGACGAAUUCCUAGGUGCUUCUGUUUUCGAUUUCAAACCCGAACUCACGGACGAUCGGCGCCCUCCGCCAUCAAAUGCACCACCGUCCGCUGCCAUGAGGCGGUACCUCAACCCCCGUUCCAUGAUCCAACCCGAUUCUCCCGCCCAGCUCCACUUCUGGCUCGAUGAGAAACCUGUCCCAGGCGCACCAGCCAAAGCCGACGGCAAAUACAAAUCCAAGGCCAAAAAGAAAAACCAAAACCAACCGUCAGGCACCCCCAGAACCAAACUUUCUCGCAACCGAAUCGCUCAACUUCCCCCUAUUGUACAGCUAUCGACAUGUAUCCCUUCCACCGUCCGUACUGCACAUGCAUCCAGUCCCCCCACCUGGCUCGACCCCGAUGGAACCCCGAGCAACAAAUACCGAGCUGCACAAGUUCUCGCAUGGACCAACAGUGGUGAAGGUGGCAAACUUGAAUGUCAACCCCGACCCCGUGAGCCCAGAGACAACCGAGAUUUUCUUCGCACUUACGUAUGUGAGGCUAACAUGCGCCGAUGUGGCAAACUAAAGGAGGAGGCCGUCGGCCAUGCCAAGCUAUGGCUUCCACCGGUGGUCGAACCAAAAGAUGAAAAAGGUCAAAAGGUGGAGAGAAAGAUUGGUGCAGAAAGAUGGACGGUAUGGUCCAUGGACGAUGUGUAAAAAUGAACGAAUGGAAUGCACUGCACUGCACUGCACGGCAAGCAUGGCGUAUGAGUAUCACGGUUGGGAUGGGACUUUGGAGUGUGUGGUGUCUGUUUUACAUUUUCUUUUCUUUUCAUUUCAUUCGGUUGAUUUGCAACAUGAUCGUUUUGUUGCUGGGGGAGACUACUGGUUGACUACCGGUGUGAGUGAGAGCGGGAGCAUAGGGUAUGAGAGCAGGAAGGGGAUCGGGGUGAGCGAUGGAUGGAUGUAUGGAUGGGAUGUACGAACGACCGAUCAUGACCAAGUUUUUUUUCUUUCAUUAUUUCCGCCACAGCUAUAGGAGGCUGAGAACAGUUCUCAGCGUGCGGUGAAAUUGUACCAAAAAGGAUGUAUUGUGCAGCCAGGCACGAAAAUGAAGACGAGGAGAAUAUUUUGGGCCAAUUGGGCUUCUUUUGCUUUGAUUUGCUUUUUUUGGAGAACGAAAGCCACAAAGCCAUGGAUGGAGCCAUAUUAUAUGGAAAGAAGAGCCGAUGAGGUUGAGUGAACAAAGUAAAUUAGGUAUUCAUGUUUGUAUAUGAAUGAGAAUACUUUGGGUAUUUGAUAAAA